CAUACCGCGUGACGCAGCGAGCCGACGUGGGCGGACUAGCGACCGCUCCUCACGAGCCGCAGCCGAAGCGAGCGCGCAGGUGGAGGCAGAGCGAGGCAGGGCUCUCUCCACCUCUCCGUCAUCUCUCCAUCACCUCUCCAGCUCGGACGGCCGCGCGGCAUGGCGGAGCAGCACGCAGCCUCCGACGGCAAGCCCAGGGCGGUCGGUCGCGCGAGCGCCGCUGCGAAAGCCGGGCUGUCCCGCGGGCUGACGCAGCCCGCCGCGUGGCACUCGCUGCUCUCGUUCACGGUGCUUUUCCUGGCGUGGCUCGCGGGCUUCAGCUCCAGGCUGUUCGCCGUGAUCCGCUUCGAGAGCGUCAUCCACGAGUUCGACCCCUGGUUUAACUACAGGUCAACACACCACCUCACCACCAAUGGCUUCUAUGAGUUCCUCAACUGGUUCGACGAGCGCGCCUGGUAUCCACUGGGCCGGAUCGUUGGGGGCACGGUGUACCCAGGUCUGAUGCUCACAGCAGGUGUUAUCCACUACAUCCUGAACCUCCUCCACAUCACUGUACACAUCCGUGACGUGUGUGUGUUCCUGGCACCUGUGUUCAGUGGCCUGACUGCCAUUUCCACCUUCCUCCUGACGAGGGCACUGUGGAGUCAGGGAGCUGGCCUGCUCGCUGCCUGCUUUAUCGCCAUCGUGCCCGGAUACAUCUCGCGCUCUGUCGCUGGCUCCUUUGACAACGAGGGCAUCGCCAUUUUUGCCCUGCAGUUCACAUACUACCUUUGGGUGAAGUCCAUCAAAACAGGAUCAGUCUUCUGGGUCAUCUGCUGUUGUCUGAGCUACUUCUACAUGGUGUCAGCGUGGGGAGGGUAUGUGUUCAUCAUUAAUCUGAUUCCUCUUCAUGUGUUUGUCCUGCUCCUGAUGCAACGCUUCAGCAAGAGAGUCUACAUAGCCUACAGCACUUUCUACAUAGUGGGCCUAGUCUUGUCCAUGCAAAUACCAUUCGUCGGAUUUCAGCCAAUCAGGACCAGUGAGCACAUGGCCGCAGCUGGUGUGUUUGCACUUUUGCAGGUCUAUGCUUUCCUGCAGUAUCUGCGAGACAAGCUGACCAGACAGGACAGACAGACCUUGUUCCACCUGGCAGUGUUUACAGCUGCUGUCCUCGUGUUUCUUACUGUUAUAUACCUCAGCUGUAUCGGUUGCAUUGCACCGUGGAGCGGUCGGUUCUAUUCUCUCUGGGAUACUGGCUAUGCUAAGAUCCACAUCCCCAUCAUAGCAUCCGUGUCGGAGCACCAGCCCACUACCUGGGUCUCCUUCUUCUUUGACCUGCACAUCCUGGUGUGCACAUUUCCAGCAGGACUCUGGUUCUGCAUCAAGAACAUCAAUGAUGAGCGCGUGUUCGUGGCCCUCUAUGCCAUCAGUGCAGUGUACUUUGCGGGCGUGAUGGUGCGUCUCAUGCUGACGCUCACACCUGUCGUCUGCAUGCUGUCUGCCAUCGCCUUCUCCAGCAUCUUCGAGCGUUACCUCAGCGAUGACAUGAAGCGGGACAACCCGCCAGCAGAUGAUAGCAGUGAUGAUGAUGACAGGAGGAAUUCUGGAAAUCUAUAUGAUAAGGCCGGUAAGGUCCGUAAGCAUGUCUCCGAGCAGGACAAGUUGGAGGACGGCUUAGGCUCCAACAUUAAGAGUGUCGUCACCAUGCUAAUGCUCAUGUUACUGCUCAUGUUUGCCGUGCACUGCACCUGGGUGACCAGCAACGCCUACUCCAGCCCCAGUGUGGUACUGGCCUCUUAUAACCACGAUGGGUCUCGGAACAUUCUGGAUGAUUUCAGGGAGGCCUACUAUUGGCUGCGUCAGAACACCAAUGAACAUGCCAGGGUGAUGUCCUGGUGGGAUUAUGGGUACCAGAUCGCCGGCAUGGCCAAUCGGACGACGCUAGUGGACAACAACACCUGGAACAACAGUCACAUCGCUCUGGUAGGGAAGGCGAUGUCGUCCAAUGAGAGUGCAGCAUAUGACAUCAUGAGGAUGCUGGAUGUUGACUAUAUCCUGAUCAUCUUCGGAGGUGUGAUUGGCUACUCAGGUGAUGACAUCAAUAAAUUUUUGUGGAUGGUGAGGAUAGCGGAGGGAGAACACCCCAAAGACAUACGGGAAAGCGACUACUUCACCCCUCAGGGCGAGUUUCGAGUCGACAAGGCCGGCUCCCCCACACUGCUGAACUGCCUGAUGUAUAAGAUGUCCUACUACCGGUUUGGGGAGAUGCAGCUGGAUUUCCGCACUCCACCAGGCUUUGACCGUACCCGGAAUGCCGAGAUUGGAAACAAGGACAUCAGAUUCCAGCACCUGGAGGAGGCGUACACCUCAGAGCACUGGCUCGUCCGGAUUUACAAAGUGAAGAACCUGGACAACCGUGCAGCGCUCGGCCACAGGCUCCGUGUCCCCGGCGCCAAGUACAAGCACACUCCCAAAAAGGGUGCUAAGAGGAGGCGUGGCUACAUCAGGAACAAGCUGCAUCUGAAAAAAGGCAAGAGAUUAAGUAAGAAAUAAAACACCGGAGGACUAGAGGACUAGCCUGGGACUCACUGAAGCACACACGACAAGGGAACCGCCGAAGCGUGGAGCAUCACUAG